AUGUUGCUGCAAACUCGAUUCCUCUCUUCGGUUCAACACACCCUCUUCGUCUUCUCUCCCGUUGGCACCAAACCUACCUUCAGAAUCGCUGUGAGAUCCCAAAAGCCCUCUUCUGAAUCCUCCUCCUCCGAUGAUUCCGCUGCGAAGGGAUUCGGCUCAUCGGACACAGCUGCUACUGCAAACAGUAAAAAGAAACAGAAGCAGAAACAGAAAGGACAGAGAGAAAGGGCCUCCAUAAUUCGACGAGCUCCACUUGAAAAACCUGCUUUUGUUUCGGAGCAACAAGAGCGUAAGGCCAAGGAUGAGAGCAAGAACGAAAGCGCUUUUCUUCUUGCAAUGCUCGGUUUUGGCAUCGUCGUUCUCGUUGAGGGCAUUGGUCUUGCAGCAUCCGGCUUCUUACCAGAACAGUGGGACCAGGUUUUUGUAAAGUAUCUCUAUCCAUCGUUUACCCCCACAGUUUUUCUCUUUGUUGCUGGAGCAGUUGCAUAUGGAGUGUUUAAGUAUUUGCAGAAUGAGAAAAUCACAGAGCAGAAAUAA